AUGGCGUCAAAAGGCAUCAAGAGCAUGUUGCAGCGGAAGAUGCUCCAGAUUGAUGUGACGUUUGGGACUUAUCUGUUUUCGCCAAUAGAGAAGUUUGCCUAUUAUUCGAUUGUCUUCUUGCUCUUUAGCCUGCUCUCCAUCGCCGUCAUCCUAUACCUCCCGCAUCACAUUUCCAUUCUGACCGGUCGCGCGUGGUACUACAUCAACGGCGAGACUAUUGACAUUGCGGCGUUCGCGCGGGACGUCUUUGGCAGCGCGCUGGGGACUGGUAAGGACGCUGCGGCGGUUGUCAGGGAGCUGUGA